AUGUCCUGUCUGAAAGCACGAGGCAGAGACCUUGAGCGUUUUGAUGGACUCUCGCUCAUCUACUGGACACUAAUGGGUCCAUAUGGAGUAGAUCGAGCUGUACAUUCCAUGGAAUUUACUGACUGUGAGAAUGGAUUAGGAAUUAAAGUCAUUGGGGGUGUAAAGGAGUUGACUGGAGAGGAAUUUGGAGUCUAUGUGAAAAGAAUUUUACCUGGUGGCCUUGCUGCAAGUGAGGGACAUCUCCAGCCUGGAGACCAGAUUUUGGAAGUGAAUGGGGAAAGCUUAAUUGGAGUCACAAAUGAAAGGGCUGUUGACAUCCUCAGAGCUGCAUCUGCCACUAAUCACAUGCGUCUGCUCAUAGCGAGAGAUGAAGAAGCGAGGAGAGAAUUUGCUGAGUUGCUAGAGAAGUACGGAUCCAACAACAGCAGCACAGGCUCUGCACGGAAUUCCCCUAUCCAGCAUGCAGGCAGAUACUUAGAUAGCACAUCAUCUGGGUCCUCAUCACGGUCACAAAGUCCAUUGCUGUUGAGCCCUGCUGGCUCUCAAAGCACCUACAAUGGCACUGGGCCACUACUACGAUCUCUCAGUCACCCAGGGGAGGGAGUGAUCCAGCUGAUCUCAGUGACACGUUCCUGCAGCCUGGGCAUCAUUAUCGGUGGAGGUUCCAACAGACCUGACGGCCCCGCAGUUUUCAUCCAGGAAGUGCUGUCUGGUGGUGACUGUCACAGGGAUGGCAGGCUGAGGCCAGGGGAUCAGCUAAUUGCCAUCAACAAAGAGUCCUUAAUAGGAGUCACCCAUGAAGAAGCCAAAAGCACUCUCAACAAAGUUAAAUUCAGGCAGGAGGGGGCUGUGGAGAUUGCAUUCAUUCCUGGGAAAGGACCCUUUGCUUGCAGUAACUCCUUACACAAUGGUGUCCAGAGAGGCAUAGGGAACGGAUUCAGCUCCGGCAGGUUAAAAGUGCAUGUCAGAUCUCCUGAGACACGACAAGAGGAACUUGCAUCAGUGCCUUCUUCCUCUCCUGAUAUAUGUCCUCCAGACAUCUUUGUCUCAGGAUCCACCACCUGUCAGCGAACAGCUGGAACAGCCAAACCCAAGAUCUCCUUGGAUCCUCACAUCCGCCUCAGAUCAGACAAACUAGACUUGGCUCUUAGGUAUCUGGGGCUGGAUGUAUCAGAAGAGAAGAAAAGGAUAUUGAGGCAGUGUUUGCCAACAGACACUCAAGGAACAGUGGCUUAUGGAGACUUUGUGAGGGCCACCCGAGAUAUUCUGCAAGACAAGCUGAACGAAGUUGGUCUCGCCCAGGGGCCUUUCAUGUUCUCUUAUCACGAGGCAGCCAGCCUGAUGGACACAUCAGCUUUCCACUCUCCAACCUAUGACUCAGAGAACAGCUACAGCACUGAGGAGCUGGAACAAUUUCAGUCUGAGGUUACCCUGCUUCAGCAACAAAUGAAACAGUUAAAGAAAGCCAGCGCCACCAUUGUGGAAAACGAGACUCUGAGGAGCCAGCUGCAGGUGGCAGAGGCAGUCCAGAGACAGACACACAGCGCAGAACAGGACUACGAGGAGGUCAUUCAGCUCCUGGAGGCAGAAAUCAAAGACCUUAAGAAUCAAUUGGCUGGGAAGAAGCAGAAGAGCCUGGAAGCUACUAAAGAGGAUGUCAUUGAGCUGAAGAGAAGGCUUUCUGCCAUUGAUUGCCAGCUGAGGAAAUCUGAACUCACCAGAAAACAUCUGGAAAUUUCCAACAAAAAGCUGCUUGGAUUUGCCCAGAAUGUUCACAGAGUACUGUCGUCCUCCAUCUUAUUUGAUACUGAAAAUGGGAGCGCCAAAACAUCCCCGGCGAUGGAUAGCCCUGACACCCCUUCCCCCAUUCGUGACCCAGCAGGACAGCUGGCAGCUGAAGCCAAAGAGCUGGUGGAGAGAGUGUGCUCCUUCAGCAGAGAGCAUGAAUUAACCUAUGAUAUGGCGGGCAGUAACACAGAAGAUGGAGAUGAUUGUGUCACAGAAGGGCAUGAAAGGAAUGGGGUGAAGAUCAGGAGAGACUGAAGUACUGCAUGCAUCCAGUAACCAGUUGCUACAGUCUCUGGCCACAGUCUUUACCCCCUGGACCUUCUGAAGAAGACAAGCAGUACCAGCAGAAAGACUGUCACAGUGAAAGUCACAGAGAAAACAGGAGGACUGAGGAUUUCAAAGAAGUGAACAGGAAACAGAACUUACUGAGCUUGAAAAAGGAAACAAAAAAGGUGUACA